CCCCAAGGCAGGAAGUGGAGUUCCGGAGAAGCUCAAGGGCCACGUGACGUGCCCACAAUAUAGUGGAGGUGUGUGUCCAGGAUGGGUCUUGGUCGCAGGUUAGUUUGCCCAUUUCUGGCCUCUCCCGGACCUUAGCAGGAGCUUCAGCUACCUAUCACAUGGGGAAUUUCCAGUGCAAGUGCUCUGGGCUCCGGACCCUGCAGUGGGCCUUGGCCAGGGAAACAAGCCCAGCGAAGAGGAACCUGGUUGGGCACCGCCAGUAUUUUCCAGCUAGUACUUGGUGACAGCUUACUUCCACGAGCUCAGUCUGAUGGGGGGCUGUGACAUAAAUAAAGACAACUAGAGGUCAGCUCCCCAGGAAUGCUCACUCUGAGUCCACUCCAGGCCCUCUGCCUGAACGCCCUUCCCAUUCUCGCCUUGCCAGACUUCCCCUACGUGCUGACUUACCUGCUGAAAGUCUCAAGGUGGGGAUUCCUGUUCUAUUUCCCUGAUGAGAAGAUGGAGGUCAGGAGGGAUGUGACUGUCCUGGGGGCUCCCAGAGGAGCAGUAGUGGACUUUAGUCAGCCCAACUACAAGUCUCCACCAGGUGGGACCGGAGAGGCAAAGUUGGCUUGGCAUGGUUUAGGAUUUGGGAUCUGGGCAUGGAGUUGGCUCAGCCUGGUUCAGGAUUUGGGUUUAAAUGCCGGGUGGGAUGGAGGUGAGUCAUCUCUGACUCCUGCUCCUGGAACUGACAGGCUCUGCAUAUGGGCUUGGUGGCCUGAAUGGAGGGGACAGAGAGGAACUCAGGGAGCCUGGUCAGGGCCACGUGAUAAUGAUGAGAUCGCAGGGGCAUGACCCUUGGGGUCCAGGCAGCUUGACGUGGACCAGACCGGGACGCUUUGGCUGGGGCAGGGGGCGCGGUUGAAGCAGCAGCCCCCGCCCACCCCCGCUUGGCCGGGGCACGGCAGGAGGGGGCGCCCGCGGCCCUCCCGGCGCUCGGGAGGGACAAAGGCCGGAGCCCCGGCCCCUCUUCAGCGGGUGCGGUGGCGGCCCGCGCUCCAAGAGUACGUGCGGCUGGGCCGGGGCCCGGGACGACCCCGGCGCCCAGCCCAUCGCCGCCUGACUUUUCGGUGCCCGAGGUCGCGCGCCCAGGAGGGGGCGGCCGGGGAUCUCCAAGCGUUGGCGCUCCCUCCUCCCUCCCGCCCUGCUCCCGCUUGCUCGGUGGUGGCAGCGGCGGCGGUGGCGACGGAGGAGGAGGUGGAGACGGCUGGCAGACGGCGGCCAGGCGAGCGGGUUGGCCGAACCCGGGCCAUGGCGCCCGCGCAGCGCCCACUGCUGCCAGUGCUACUGCUGCUGCUCCUGCCACCGCUGUCGCCGCCCUUAGCGCGCGCUGAGGACGCCGCCCGAGCCAACUCGGACCGCUAUGCCGUCUACUGGAACCGCAGCAACCCCAGCCUGGAUGGUCUCAGCAGAGGAAGAAACCGAGAAUCCGGGAUGGAGGGUCAGGGCCAACAGAAGACUCUGAUGGAGUUGACCUCUACCUGCUGGGGAGCUGGGCUGGCGAAGGGUUGGCACCUCCCACCUUUGGACCUCCCUGUGGAUGUUCUCUCCAGGUUUACAUGUUCCUCAAGGCACUGGUGGAGGUUUCAUGUGGGUGCAAAGGACGACAGUGGGGGUUACACGGUGGAGGUGAGCAUCAACGACUACCUGGACAUCUACUGCCCACACUACGGGACCCCGCUGCCACCGGUCGAGCGCAUGGAACACUACGUGCUGUACAUGGUCAAUGGCGAGGGCCACGCCUCCUGUGACCACCGGCAGCGCGGCUUCAAGCGCUGGGAGUGCAACCAGCCCGCGGCGCCCGGGGGACCGCUCAAGUUCUCUGAGAAAUUCCAGCUCUUCACGCCUUUCUCGCUGGGGUUCGAGUUCCGCCCGGGCCACGAGUACUACUACAUCUCUGCCACGCCUCCCCACGCCGUGGACACGCCCUGCCUGCGGCUGAAGGUUUAUGUGCGGCCAACCAAUGAGACCCUGUACGAGGCUCCUGAGCCCAUCUUCACCAGCAAUAAUUCAUGCAGUAACCUGGGCAGCUGCCAGCUCUUCCUCAGCACCGUCCCAGUGCUCUGGACCCUCUUGGGCUCCUAGUCCUGGCCUGCAAGACACCAGCCCCACCUGGACGACCGCAUCCAAGACCAAAUAGAGACACCUAGCUCUCCCACAACUGGUGCUGCCCCGCUUGCAGAGGCCUGCCCACUGGCCUUAGGAUGGACUCCAGGGGCAGGGGGCAACCAGCUGCCCCAGAUGCCCGAAGGGCAGUAUGUGAGCUCAGCUCCUGGCUAGGCCAUCUCAUCAGGGACCCUGGAGAACCUGAGAAACUGUCAGUGAUAUUGGGGGUUUUUGUUUCUUUUUCAUGGUUAGAUAAGAAAGACUUGAGUUUUUAAUUUAAUUUAUUCCUUGCUGUUGCCAGUGACUUUGGGAAGGAAACAGAAUGGAUGAGGUGGAGGUCCUUAGCCCCCUGGGGGAUGGGGAUGGGAAUCCCUAGUCUGGUUACUCCAUUUGUUGGAUCUUGGCUGAAGGCCACCACAGACCCCACAGUUACCCCAGGACAGGCCAGUACGAGGCAGAGGGGCAAGGUGAGACCCCUCACCUCUGAGCCCACCUCAGACUCCCGUCCCCCCAGUCCCAACCCCACCCUCCUCAUGCCUGGUGGUCAUCACCCAGAGUGGAAACUCACGCCGUUACAUCAGAGGCCACUGCGCAGCCCGGCCCCCUUGGAAUCACAGUUCUCCACGCUGUCCCACAGCCUCUCACGGUCGGUCACCCCUGCGUUCGAGAAGACGUUACGUAUCUGUAAAUAGAGCCAGCAAGUAUAUACUGUGAUUUAUUUUUACUGUAUUCCUGAGGACGAACUGGACAGGUGGUUGUUUUGUUUUGGUCACACCUUCAUGGGGGGGGGGUGUCUUUUAUUUUGGUGGGGGCGGGGUGGACUUUUUAGAAUAGAAGCUGCACUUUGCAAUAAGCUUGUUCGUCUGUCGGAGCCCCCUCCUCUACUCCAUGACUAGUGACGUUUAUAAGAAAAAAGAAGACGGGACACAACAAAAUGUGGGGUGGGAGCGCCACCAAAAAGAGGAAGUGGCCUCCCAAAGACACUUUAAUGAAACAAACAGCACAUUUAUACAGAUUUCAUAUUUCUACCCUCCUUUCCUGAUCUGUGUUUUAUAUAUAUUAUAUAUAAAUAUAUAUGGUGCACAGCUGCCGGGAGACCACCAGGCAUGCCAGCUGGGGGGGCUUUUGUAGGGGUUGGCAUGGGCGGUGGUGUCGCCACACCUGGAGCUGGUGAUGGCACCUCCCCCUUCCCAUCACAAUCAACGUUGGAUUCUGUAUUUUUUAUAAUAAAAUGAGCAUAAACUUG